AGCAAUUCGCCUCGCGACCCUGCGUUGCUUAAUUGAUUAUUAGUUCAGUUAUUGCUUCUGAGUGUCGCAAUGGAAGAAGACUGUGACUUAGCUGGAGACUUUGACUGUCCGAGCCUUCUGUGUGCAGAACUGCAGGAUUUGGAAACAAAGAACUACCAGGGAAGGAGGAGGAGGAGGAAGAAGAGGAGGAGGAAGAGGAGGGAAGGAGAGGAGGAAGUGUUUAAUCAGAGGGAGGAUGAACAGGUAGGAGAGGAGACGGACCAAGAAGACAAGGAGGGGGAGGGGGAGAAAGAAGAGAACGUUCUUGUGUCAGAAAAGGACCUGAUGGUGACAGAGGGAGAAGAGGAGGAGCAGGUGAAGCCAGAGAGUAGGCUGGGAGCGGAGGAGGCACAAGAGGUGCAGAUGGAGGACAAUAUGAUUGAGAACAAGGAAACAAUCGCUGAUAAGCAGGAGGACAAAGAAACAAAAGGUCCAGAAGAGAAAGAUGAGAAGACAAAAUGUAGGAAGAGACGAGGUAAGAAGCAAAGUGAGCGAGUGAGAAACAGGAGAGGUUUGAAAGAUGUCAGUGAGCAGUUUGAGGAGGAGAAGGAGAGUCAGAUACAGCAGGUGACAGCGAUGAGCUCCGAGGAGAGCUCGGCUCUGUCGGAGCCUGCCAUUGGACUGAUGAACAACUGCGACCUGUCUGAUCCUGUCUACAUGGGCUGUGGGGGUACAGGGCUGUAUUGCCCCACGGUGUCGCUUCCCCUGCUGUACUCCUCACAACCUCCAGUCUCGGUCCAACCUGCACCUCCUCAGCCUCACGGGACAAAGAGGCCACACAGCCCCCCUCUACCUCACAGUGUCCCCCAGCAGGGCCCACAGCCUCUUGAGAUGGAGAUAACCCAGGUCUACUCCACCCGACGCUCCAUCCGCUACAGUGCCAAGGGUCGAGGCCAGGCUCUUAGCUUCCCUCUGCUGCCGGGAUUAGAGACUGUGGACAGCUGCCUGCUUCCACCUGCACCAAAGAAGAAAACACGAACACUCUACAGUACUGAUCAGUUAGAACAUUUAGAGGCCUUGUUCGAGGAGGACCACUACCCUGACACAGAGAAGAGGAAAGUCAUUGCUGCUUCAGUUGGUGUCACGCCUCAAAGAAUUAUGGUCUGGUUUCAGAACCGCAGGGCUAAGUGGAGGAAAGUAGAGCGCUCCAUCACAUCAAAGGUUGAAUACAGACGGAGUCGAGCUGGAUGCAGCAGCAGCCCCCCACGACACCAAAUCAAUCCCACCCUGCCCACACUGGCACCCAGCAGUAAGGGAGCUCCCUGUUUUUCUGGCCACUUUGCCACCAAGCCUCCCCAUCUUGCCCCCACAGCACCGUCUUUCCCCACCCGGUCCAACCAGACUCCGUCUUCCUACAGCAACCUGCUGGCCAGCCUUAACAGCCCAGGUCAAUCCAGAGUGAGGGAUGUGGGCCAGCACCAGCUUUCAUCACAGGGGGGGUUGGCAGAAUACCACCCCCGCCCCAUGCACAGCCCUCCCCCCCUGCGGCGAGCCAGUCUCCCCCUUUUCACAACGACGUACAAACCCGCCAACCCCACUCCCCCUCUCCUUAACACCCUCGCUCACACCCCACCUCUGUUCCUGGAUGCUCUGGAGGCUGGCUCCGCUCUGGCCCAUCGUGACACCCAGUCUCUGCAGACUGACACCAGUUCUGUAUUUGACUUCGGGGAGAAGCUGGAUUACCUGAGCUCAGGCCAGCAGGCCAACAACCCUCUCUCCUACCAUCUCCAGACCUCCUACUCCUCCAGCCAGCCCCAGCAUCCUCAGCCUCAAGCAUCCCUGCCCCGCAUGGCCUAUCUCACCCCAUCCCCCUACCUCACCCCCAACCUUCCUGAUUCCAACCCUACCUCCUACCUGACCUUUGGCCCUGGGGAAAACUCCACUGGUAUGGUGACGUACUCCGCUGGAGGCCACACUUACUUCCAGUCCCAGAGUGCAGGACAAAUCCUGCUGCAGUCGGCUGGCCAUCAUGGUGGGAUCACAGCCUACCAGUCGUACCCAUGGGGCAGCCUGUACAGUCAGCCAGCCAUCCACCAGCGUACACAGUGCCCUCUGCCUUACCCUGGUAACUUGGGAGGUGCUCGAGAUCACCAGCCACCCUCCUCAACCACCCUGCCUCCACUGUCAUUCUUCACCCAGGGGGACCAUGGGCCCUCAUAUGCAAGCUCCCAGCACCCAUCACACACCCAUACACACACUACCAGCAGCAGCAGCAGCAGCAACACAGCCGUCCUCCCUCCUGUGUCCACGCUGCGGCCCUCUCGCCUCAGAGUGGAGAUCACCCCAACCCAGGCUGCAUCCCUGCUGCCUUCUCAGGUCAGCCCUGCCUCUCCAGACAGCUCUCCAGUGCCCCCUUGUGUCAAGAUAGAGUAUGACAGCCCUCGAGAGAAUCACAGCCACUUCCACUGUGACUUCUCCCCCAUACAUUUUUGACUACAUGUUUGAUUGUGUGAGAGACAGUGUGUUUGAAGUAUCUGUGUUAAUAUAUUGUGAGUAAAUGUGAGUAUUUCACCAUUUUCCAUUUGUACUAUUAGAAUGUUCUCAGUGUAAUGUUAAUGUGAGCAGGCUUGGUUGGGCUGCAUUUGGCUUGGCUGCAAUAAAUGCCCUUUGUCCUUUACUUUUGCGUUCAACUAGCAUGGCUAUGAUUUUAAUUAGGGAUCUCUAACAUAUU